AGUUUAUCCCUGCAGAAAUUACAUGCGGAAGUAGUGGUCGUCAAUGCUGGUGAAAAGAGGCUCUGUAGUUGGUGGUUGCUAACUAUGAUCUUUGAGUUGACUGUAUAAUUACCUAGCUGCUUUUUACACGCAUAGUGUAGUUAAAUUAAAGUCCAUUAUGGCUGGAAGUCGACUUGAAAAAUUCGGAACGGUGUUCACGCGAGUCAGAGAUCUUAUGCGUUCUGGAGUUGUCAAACAGUCUGACAAGCCCAUUUGGUAUGAUGUAUACAAGGCCUUUCCACCCAAGAAGGACCCACUUUAUGUCAGACCAGUGGCCAAGAUCUAUGGGAAGAAAGAAGUGGCAGUGCCAGACAUCUUCUACAGAGAGGAUGAAAUCAGAGCGACAUUUUAUGAGGUGUAUGGAACAGGACCCAGAGCUUUUGAUCUCUCCAAAUCCAACUUUGUUUCAACAUGCCAAAGGUUUGUGGAGAAGUACACAGAGUUAGAGAGCCAGGGAGAGCGGGAGAAACAGUCCCUGUUUGAGGAGGCUGGGAAGGCUCUCCUUGCUGAGGGCUUAGUGUUGAGGAGGAGGGGUGUUCCUGCGGUGGCAUCAGAGACCAGGGAUCCAGUGUUGGGCAUGAAGCUGACAGACAUGUUGGCGGAACAGCAGACAGAUGCACCUGGCGAAACACAGACACCGGGAGAAGAGACGCCAACACAAGCACCAGUGACUCCACAGUAGGCCUCUGCAACAUGGCUUCAACCACACUCUUCACCUAGAUGGAACCAACCAUCCACCUCCACUGACUAAAAAGGGGACUUUCUGAACAAUGUGGAUUAAUGGGCCUGGGCAGCUCUCACGACCGUCCGUCUUGACUGCAGGGUUUUGAGUGGUAAUGUGUAGGAGUCCAAGUUAUUGUACAUUUUUGGUCUGGAACCUUGUGAGACUGAUGUUAUGCAUAAGGUUGUAAAUGUAUAUUCAGUGUGUGAAACAUAUACUGUAUGUCCUACUGAACUCUUGAGAAUUCACUUUCAAGAUGGUGGUUACUUUGCAGUGUGCUUUCAGACUUUCGACAGGACACCCCUGUUGAUAUGAGGUGACGUCGCUGUGAUGAUCAAUUGGCGCUGUGAGUGAUCAGUAAAGUAACUCUGUAUUCUAGAAUGUGGCCUCUUUUCCUCUGUUGCUCAUCCUUCGUUAUCUUUCAGUCACUCUGCAGAACACUCAUGCAAGACAAGCAAGCUGUGAGUGAGAGUUGAUAUUACAUUCUCCAUUUGCUGCUGUGACAGUGUAAUUCGGCACUGCCUGCCUGCCUGAGCAUCUGGGAUGAAAUGGAGAUAUUAAUGCCGUAUUGCUUCACAGAGAAAUACCAUUGAGCACAUAACCACAUCAGCCGACUGGGGAUGAGAAAAUGUGAGUAAGAAGCAUCACAGGUGCCAUAUUAAAAGAAAUGCAAGGUAACACCGCUCUGAUUCAGGGGGGUUGGGUUAAAUGCGAAAGACACAUUUCAAUUGAAUGCAUUCAGUUGUACAAAUGACUAGGUGUCCCCUUUCCCUAACAUCUGUGGAAGUUAUUCCACCAGAUAGGAAAGGAUUGACAUCAACACCUAUACACUGAAUGAUUGAUAAUUAAACUCUACAAAACUAUAUUUUAAUUAAGGUUAGUGUCUACUGCCACAAUUGAAAUGAGCACCACACCAACAUUGCAUCCUGUUCUAAACAUAAUCUUGGCAUAUCUGUAUUUUUCAACACGUGUUUCAGAUUUCAAUAACACAUCUCAAAGCAUACCAGAAUAACAUAACAAGUAACCAGUUAUUAGAACUUCUGCAGGUUACCUCUUCUCUCUAAUCAGGAUAAUAAUCUGUCUUCCUGUUCUCACAAGUUGUAGAGACAUUGAUCCACUAUAUGACCUAGCAGCCCUGCAGUUCAACUGCCGUUUGAAAAUAAAUGUAAAGCGGGCUUAUAUCUAGAGCCUUGGCUUUAAUGUAGAACAGCACUGGUCGGGGUUAUUUGCUCUGGAAAAAGCUAGCAUCCAUGAGCGUUUUCCCAGUACCACAGUUCUCUUUUCUCCACCGUCUUUUCAAAGAGAUGACCUUGGCGGCGUUUCUCAUUAUCAGCCGUCUUUCUGUUUAUCGAAAGGGAAAACUGUCCAUCUCGCAGUUUAUUCAGCGCUCGCACGGAGAGGAGAAAUGAUAUCAACACCGUAAUGGAAUGGGUGAUUGUCUGCACACAGUCAAAGAGAAAGCAAUUCUGUGGUGGAUGGAUGGCAAGACUGUCUGAGGGCCUAAUGAACAGGAGGGAGGGAUAUAAUCGGGGAGAGAGGUAGAGGAGGGAAAAAAUCGGGGAAGGAGGGAGAGAGUCGGGUUGGGAAUGAGAAGAACAAUCCUUGUCUCUCUGCCGUAUCCACAGGCUGAGGGGAGAAACGGACACUCAGUGGGGUGUGUUGGCAAAACCUGUGGCUUGAUGCAAUCCUUAAAGGUGAUUUUGCACUGUUUUCCUUUAUCUUAUUUUAAGGGUUAAAUAAUAUACACUGAACAAAAAUGUAAACAACUAUUUCAAAUAUUUUACUGAGCUACAGUUCAUAGAAGGAAAUAAGUAACUUAAAAUAAAUAAAUUAGGACCGUUUUAAGAUGGAAUUAAUACAAUGAACUUUACGAAGGAGGCCUUUAAAAACUGGAGAAACACUGUCUGUCAGUAGAUGACUUCUUGGCAGCACCCCCAAGAUUUCUCAAUAUUUCCUUUCAAAAUGUAUUUUCAGGCAGGUAAUUAACUUUUUCUGCCAGACUCCUGGCAAGGAUCUCUGGAUACAAAUGAAUCCAAUUGAGCAUGGGCUGGAAUUGAAUUGAUCAAAAUGCCAUUCUCUCUGUCACUGGAGUGUGAGCGUGGAUAACGUUUUACUGCUUCUGGCAGAGAUUUCUAAAGAAGCACCAUUAUUGGGCUGUGGAGGAGAGAUGCCAACAACAGCAUUGAAAGGUGAAUUCUGUAAGUGAAAAGUGUUUGGGGUGAGUGUGCUGUGUUAGGGCGGUGUUCUGUGUAUAUGUAACCACACAACUUUUCUUGUUUACACCUGGCACCUGGUUGGUUGUCAAACGUGAUCAGUGGUAGAAAAUAAAACUGAAUUCAUUAAAUAUGUAAUUUAUUUUCUCCUUCAAAUGUUGCGUAGCCUAGGUUGUGAAGAUCAGUAAAAUAUAUAAUUUCAUGUGUUUUAAUUCUGGUUUGUAAGAGGCUGUAGAAUGUAUAUAGUUACUGUACAUACUGCACCAUAGCCUAUAUACAAUAGAACAUUCAAUAAUCCUUUCAAUGGCUGAAUUUACAUUUUCCCAUAUUCAUAAAUGGAUCGAAAUGUAAAUUUAACUUUCUUUCUCUUCAAUUCUUUCUCCCACUCUGUCUUUGUCUUCCUGCUCACUGGCAGUGCUGUCACAAAGAUAUCUCAUCUCAUUGGCAUUAUACAGUCAGUUUCUGAAAGCGCCUUAAUUGUUUUUGCCUUUCUAUUGCUUACAAUAAAGUCUGGCUUGUCAGUCACAGUGGGUGAGGAAGUUUGAA